AUGUCCACAUCUAGGAAACACCCAGCUGCCGCUCGAGGAAAAGCCCCCGCUAGAGCUCAAAAUGAUGCACCUGGCAUUCCAAGAUUUCGGGAUGCCAAGACGGCUGAAAAAUACACGAAGAGCUUGCCUAGAAAGGUUGCCUCCACCAAAUUUGUGUGCAAACCCACACUCAUUUCAUUAGGGGUUCUCAAGGGGGUCACCCAAUUGUUCCGUAACAUCGGGUGGGAAAACCUUCUCAAUCUCAUGGCACACACUUACGAUCUCCCUACUACAGAGUUUCUUGUUGAUUGCGGGUUAGAUGGCGAAAAGAAAAAAGCCUCAUUCUAA